GAGAGAACUGAAUUGAUGAAGCAGUGCUUGGUGUGUAGGAUAUAUCUUGUGCCUUGUUCCGGAUGGCUGCACCUGAGAUCAAUGAUCCAAACUGCUAUCCGCUCACUGGAGUAGGAUGGGCCUCAAGCCAGAGCACAUGUCCAAAGGAAUAUCAACUGAUUGUUACAACUACAGACGGCUCCUCUGCAAAUUUUGCAAAAGGCUUUGGCCAGAAAUCAAAUUGUUAUCUGUGUGUCAGCUCACUGCUGAAUAAACAGAAUCCUCAAGGGGACAUUGUCUCAGAUAUCCAGUUACUUCCUGAUAAGAACCCUCUACCAUCAGGAUAUGCCUUCAUUUCUGAAUUCCUGGAUCCCAAGGUCACCGUGUCUAAAAAGAAACGACUAUGUAUUAAGACGGUUCCAUUCGGUGGGGCUGACACUGCUGUUUUUGAUGUCAAACUGACCGGAAAAAGCAAGCAGAUUGUACCUUUGUACACAUGUAUAGGAGAACUGAGUGGGUUUGUCAUCUGGUGUAGAAAAGGGAGGUUGGCCAAGCCAAAACCGUUGCCUAAGCCAAGAAGUAUUGCUCUUGAUAUGAGAGGGCUGUCACUGGAGAAUGAGAGCUCAAGGAAAAGGGAAGAGCUCGAUGUAGCCCCAGCACGACUUAGCAAGAGGCGCACCACUCUGGAGCACAAAGAUUCCGUGUACAGUGCAGAAAAUAUUUAUGGAAUUUCGGCGAUGGAUGGCGUCCCAUUUGUGCUGCAUCCUAGGUUUGAAAGCACCUCUGUGAAUGUACCCAGUGCUAAUAUUGCAAAUUUCCAGAUUAAGAGCCAUGCUGAAAUAGAAAAUGAGUACAACUACAGCUUCAUGACAGAGAAGACUGCAGCUGCCAGACUCCCUCCAACAGUCUCCUAGAGCAAAAGCCAUUGAGUUGCAACAGAGCCUCAGGAUGAAGCUGCCUCAUAGGUCAGGCUCACAGCAGAUUCUUACCUCUGACUCCAUGAAGCUAAAAGCCAUGAGAUUGGAUGUGGGUAUCACAAAGGUGCAAUAAAACCCACUUCAUAGAAACUGUCUAUUUUCAAGAUCAUCCCUGUACAAUCACCGUUUUGACUUUGUUUAUAUGCAUCUAAAUUGCUGCUGAUAUUUGGUUUGUUGUUGCAAGUACUGUAAUCAAGUGGGACCCACUGCAGCAUGGCAGGAGCUGCAUUCAUUUUCAAAAUCUAUAUAUAAUCUCCAUAUGAUAUAGUAGAAUAAUGUGGAAGUAAGUUAAACUUUAGAGUUUAUUCUGUUUGGGAAUGACUGUCUCCAGGAGAUUGCAAAGUACACUGAGUAUGAAGACACUAGUGGAAAGGUUUGCUAUCUGAGCUGUCACUGUCAUUACCAGCUGGGUGGAGUAACAAGGCAGGAUGUGAAAGUGUUACACAACUGCACGAGUAUGGGAAACAGUGUACCUCCCAAAUGACUGUUUCCAUUCAACCCUAAUUAGCAUAAACAUGGAAGUACAGUGAAAUUAACUCUACCCACUGUGCAGCAUGGGAAGCUUAGCUCGCCUGUAGCCAUGCCACCUCAAUUCAGAGUUGCUCUCAACUUAAUUGUGACCACCCAUCAACCCAGGGACCUUCCUUCAGUUGUUUGUUGUACACAGUUUUAAAUCAUUACUUAUGGCUUGUUGAUUUCCUUGGCUCUGUUUGAUGUCAAUAUCAGGAGAUGCAAUCAGGUAGUCUAUAUGUUCACAUGAUUACCUUCUUAAAAGGGUGAAUGUUUUAAUAAGAGGUAAGCUGAUAUCACUGUGGAUCUUCUAAAUAUAUCUAUAUUGAAAAGCUCUCGGAAGGCCCAAGUUCAAAUCCCACCUGCUCCAGAGAUAACCCAUCUGAACGAGAUUAAAAAUAUCUUUACUAAGAAUCAGAACUACCUAAUUUCUGUUUAUGAUUUUUAAAUAUUAUCCUGUAGUUUCCACAUCAGUUUUUAACAAUUAUUAAAUACUUAUAGAGAAUAA